AUGGAGACUCCGACCUCAGAUCCAACUGUUACUAUAGCUCCUGCAAUUAUCCUAACAAACAAAGUAAAGAACGAAGAAUUUAAGAUUUGGAAAAAAACCGUUCCAUCACUAUAUGAACAUAUUUGGAACCUAAAGCCAACCUACGCUUCAUCUGACCCCAAAGUGCAAAGAACCAUUGCAUUUUCUGAUGAAAUUGAAAAAAAUGAAUCAAGAGGAAUUUUGACUACAUCAGUCCUCUAUGCUCAAUCUGACAAAAUAUAUAAGAUUGAAAAUUCUUUACCCCUAGGUGCUCAAUAUAAGGUGAUGUCGGAUGACAACCGGCUCGCUGAACCUAAUUACUAUGGUCUAGAAAAUGAAAUGGCCUCACAGUAUAGUUGGGUAUUUGCAAAUGAGACCAUUCAGAAGAUAAUUUAUUUGAGAGCAGACUCUUUUAUUGUGAUAAGUGAGAGUGGUAAUAUGGGGUGGUUCAGCUCUGAAUUAAUGCAACCAAAUAAGAAAUUUGUAGAUGAAGAAUGUGAAGGAUCAGAUGAAAGGUAUGAUUUUGAUGUAUCCAAAGAUUUCAAAACUGUUGUUAAAUCGUCUGGAAAGCGAGCUAAUAUGAUACAGGUUGUUAAUAGUGAUGCGGAGGUUACACGGAGAUGGACCUUACCAAGUGAUUGUAAGAUUCAAAGCGUCAGGUUUUUAGAUGAUAGUCUAUUUGGUGCCUGUUGCGAUGAUAAUACUAUCAAGUUUUAUGACUUGAACUCUGUCAAUGAUAACCCACUCUGGACACUAGACUACAAGAAUAAUGAGGAUAGUUCUGAUAAUCUGGUGUUUUUUGAAGUGUCUCCCUUAGUGAAUACUCUUUUUGCCACAGGAUCAAAUAAGGGGCAUAUUAGCUUAUGGGAUAUCAGAACAAUUGCCGGAAAUGCUGUUACUGUUGGUUCAGAAUCAAGCCCCAGAGAAAUUGUGCAAUUCGAUCAUCUUGAUAAUAGUGUGGUAGCGGAUAUAAAAUUCUCCCCUACUACAGCAUCUCAGCUUUUAACGGUGGAUGGAAGUGGAAGGAUUUAUCAUUGGGAUUUAGAGAAUUUGUUUUCCAAAGGUGAUGAGUCCCAGGAAGAAAUGUCUGAUGAAGAGAUACAAAGUGAUUGUUUAACGUUCCUGCACACUGGUGGCUUCUAUAACAACACAGACGCCUCCUCACAAAAUAGAGCUGUUAUUCGUAUUGCAUAUCACCCCAUUAUUGAUGGCCUGAUUUCUGUAGUCAAUAAUGAUGGUCUUCUUACUGUCUAUAAGGCAUUUACUGGAAAGCAUAAAAAAUGA